AUGCGUUUUGCCCCGCAGUCAAGCGCGCAACCCUUGCGGCUCAUAGUUCUGCUCCUCUUCACCGCGAGGGUGAACACAUCCCCGAUGCUCUCCUCGGGCUGCCCGGACAGGUGUGUGUGUGACGACCAGCUGGUGGUUCAAUGCGCUGGGCAGCACCUGACCACCUUUCCGGUCAACUUGCCGCUGGCCACGCGGCAGCUCAUCAUCUCCAACAACCGCAUCGUGGAGCUGCCGCCACUUGCGCUCAACUACCUUUCCGAUCUGGUGUAUCUGGACUGCAGCAACAAUUCCCUUACGGAGAUAUCCGAGUCCACGUUUGGGAAUCUUAGGAAGCUGGCCUACCUGGACCUCUCCUUCAACACCUUGAUCCACAUCGAGGACAGGACGUUCGGGCCCUUGGUGAGCCUGGUGAUGCUGAGGAUGACUGACAACCCGGGGCUCUCGGAGAUGCACCAGGACGCUUUUGUAGAAAACGCGGCCCUCCAGGUGCUGGAUGUGAGUCGGAACAACCUGACGGUCGUCAACAUCACCUCCCUGAUCGCGCUGCCCGCGCUGCGCUCGGUGGGGCUCAGUGGGAACCCGUGGAGCUGCGAGUGCGACAACGAGGACCUGUGUCUGUGGGUCCACCUGGAGGGCUUCAAGUUCCAAGAUGAGGGCCAGACGGUGUGCGGCUCCCCUGCUGACAUGCAGGGCCGUCGUCUGGGUGAGGUGGGCAUCCAGCUGCGGACGUUAUGUCACCAGACUCUGGGCUCCUGGGACUACCUGUUCUUUGUCGUCAUCGGCUUUGUCAUCUUCGCAGCCGGCACCGUGUCGGCCUGGGUGAUGGGCGUCAUUAUGGUGCUCUAUGAGCGCUACAUCAAGAAGAAAGACGAACAGCUUGAUGUGGAUGACGAGGAAGAAUCUAGUGAGACGGGUCAUACCUCGCGAGCCAGGAGUGACCAUGGCAACGGGAAUUUGAAAACGUCACAAACUGUCUAACAUAUUUAAUACCCCCUCUACCCAUCACGGAUUCCCACAGUGCCUCCUGUCAAAUUCCAGGAAUGUCAUGAAGUCCAAUUACACUGCAGUCCAACUGAGUCUGUUUAACAGGCUCAGCUCUCAGAGAGGGAAGAGGAAUGAACAGAG